AUGUUCAUCUUCUGCACCUUGUUGAAAGGUGUGCUGCUGCUGGCUCCCCUGUCAGCCGGUCAGCGCUGGUCGCCGGAGCCGCCGGUGUCAGCGCUGACCGGCGCGCUGACCUCCGUGUCCGACGGUCAGCGGGUGCUGCUGGUGUACGACCAGCCCUGGACGCCGGCCGUGCUGGCCGCGCAGACCCAGCUCCACGCCGUAGCCGCCUCUCUGGAGACGAGGCUGUUCGCGGGGGCGACCGCCGAGCGCCAGCACCUGGCCGCUGACCAGAGUCCGACGGACGUGUGCGUGCUGCUGCUGGGGCUGACCUCCUGGGACGGCAUGCCCAGCCACCGGCCGCCGCACACCCUCUGGACGCGCGUCUGCAGUCGUCUGGUGGUGGUGCUGCCCCCGGAGCAGGCCGACGAGGUCACGGACCUGGUGGAGCACCAGUUCUCCUUCACCAGCCGGCCGCUGCUGCUGCUGCUGGCCGCUGAUGGCACAGCUCCGGCCUGGAGGUCCUUAGUGACGGACUGCGCCCGGCGACAGGCGCGGCCCGGACCCUGGCAGACCGUGGCCAACUUCACCUCUCAGCCGCGCUCGCUCCGUGACGUGGAACUGCGCGUGACCUCCACGGCGGCGGCAGCCACGCCGUUCGCCUGGCUGCGCGACGGCCGAGAGGUGGGUGUCGAGGUCGACCUGCUCGACACCAUUGCCGCCAACGACGGCUUCAGCGUGCGCUUCGUCCGACCCAACGACUCGAGCGGCCUGUUCGGCAAGAUUGUGAACGGCUCGUGGACGGGAGUGAUCGGGAUGCUGGACAGAGACCUGGCCGAUCUGGCAAUCGGGGACAUAUCCGAUACACUGGCUCGCCGCCAAGCCGUCGACUACGUCUACCCGUUUCACGUGGAGCACAUUGGGUUCAUCAGUCACAAGCCCCUGCCGCUGCCGCGAUGGGUGGUGAUCGUCCGUCCGUUUGACACACUCACCUGGAUCUUACUGUUCAUCAGUCUCGUCAUCGCCAUGUUUGUGUUCGCCUUCCUGCCGGAUGUGUUCUCGGGGUCGCGGAGCGCGCACAGUCGCUCAGCGCCGACCCCGCAGCGGAUGGCGGGGCGUCUGCAAACGCACCUGCCGCGAGCUGCGGUGCUCAGCGUGCGGACACUGCUCGGCCAGUCGAGCGAGUCCACUCCGCGCGGAGACACGGCCCGGAUGGUGCUGGGCCUCUGGUGGUUCUUCUGCAUGGUGAUAGGCAUCAGCUACCAGACGGUGCUCGUGUCGCAGCUCUCCAAGCCGGCCGUGGCGCCGGCGGUGAAUUCGCUACAGGACCUGGCGCGCAGCGCUCUCUCGGUGGCCUGCAGCCCCAACUCGGCCGUCUGGUCGUACAUCAGCCGCUUUGCCGACUCCAACGACGCCAGCAUGGCCAGCAUCGCCGAGAAGCUGGUCCCCUACCGGUUCCGGGACAUCCACACGGUGAAGAUGCGCCGCGACACCGUCUACAUGAACGAGUUCACGCAGCUGCGCCUGGCUAAGACGAACCGUCCGGACGGCGAGCGGCUGCACCUGGCCACGGCUAGCUUCUUCUCCACGGGUCUAGCGUUCCCGAUCCGGCCGCAGGCCUGCUACGCCGACCGUCUCAGCAAGAGCGUGCUGCGUCUGCUGCAGGCCGGACUGGUGGAGAAGUGGAUCCAGGACGCGGUGGCGCAGCACCGCCGCGAGCGACGCGAAAAGGAGCAGGUGCAGGCGAUGACCCUGCACGACAUGCAGAGCGCCUUCUUCUGCCUGGCGCUGGGACACGCCGCUGCGCUGGUCGCGCUGGCGGCGGAGAUGUUUGGGAAAAUAUUGUGCAGGAAUGGACAUCUGUUACGCAGGUGA